UCAGCUCUACUUAAUAGCUGGCAACACUGCACUACACAGUAAACAGUUUCAGAUUUUAUCGUGUGUGUGCGCAAUUCGUGGAAGAAAAUUUGUUAAUUUGUUAUAAAAUUGUAGAAAACUAUAAAAAAAAGUGGCAUAAAUGUUGUGAAAAAUGAUAAAUUCAAAUUGUAUUGCAUUAGCAAUGUGAAAAUCGUUGUGUGUUUGUUUCUUCUGAAAGGCUUUCCAAGCGCAUACACUUGUGUGUACACACACGUACACACAUAGAAACGCAUACAAGCAAACAACGUAGACAAAAUACUAAAAAAGCAGUGCGCUGGGCCGUCGCGGCAAGCGACCCAAAUAAAGAAAGCGAACAGCAAAGCAAAGCAAAAUUAGAGAAUACAGAGAAACACACUCACACGUACAUACACACACACACACACACACUGAGAGAAAGAGUGAGCUAAUUAAAUAUUCUGAUCAUGGACGAUGCCAACAUACAGGACAAGGAACGCUUUGCGAGUCGCGAGAAUCACUGUGAAAUUGAGAGACGACGUCGCAACAAAAUGACCGCCUACAUAACGGAACUCUCGGACAUGGUGCCCACCUGCAGCGCCUUGGCCCGCAAGCCGGACAAGCUCACCAUACUCCGGAUGGCCGUGGCGCACAUGAAGCAGCUGCGUGGCACCGGGAACACCAGCAGCGAUGGCACCUACAAGCCCUCGUUUCUCACAGAUCAGGAGCUGAAGCAUCUGAUCUUGGAGGCAGCCGAUGGUUUCCUCUUUGUUGUGUCCUGUGACACGGGUCGAGUUAUAUACGUGUCCGAUUCGGUGACUCCGGUGCUAAAUUAUACACAAAGUGAUUGGUACGGCACCAGCUUGUAUGAGCACAUUCAUCCGGAUGACAGGGACAAGAUACGGGAGCAGCUGUCCACGCAGGAGUCACAGAAUGCGGGUCGCAUCCUCGACCUCAAGUCGGGCACGGUCAAGAAGGAGGGUCAUCAGUCCAGCAUGCGUCUGAGCAUGGGAGCACGUCGGGGAUUCAUUUGUCGCAUGCGGGUGGGCAAUGUGAAUCCGGAAGCCAUGGUCUCUGGCCACUUGAAUCGUCUAAAGCAGCGCAACUCGUUGGGUCCUUCAAGGGAUGGCUCCAACUACGCCGUGGUCCAUUGCACGGGUUAUAUCAAGAACUGGCCGCCCACGGACAUGUUCCCUAAUGUGCACAUGGAACGCGAUGUGGACGACAUGGCCUCCCACUGCUGUCUGGUGGCCAUUGGACGCCUUCAGGUCACCUCCACGGCGGCCAACGACAUGACCGGCAGCAACAACCAGAGCGAGUUCAUCACCCGACACGCCUUGGAUGGCAAAUUCACCUUUGUGGAUCAGCGGGUGCUCCACAUUUUGGGCUAUACGCCGACGGAGCUGCUGGGCAAGAUCUGCUAUGACUUCUUCCACCCGGAGGAUCAGAGCCACAUGAAGGAGAGCUUCGAUCAGGUGCUCAAGCAGAAGGGACAAAUGUUCUCCCUCCUCUAUCGUGCACGGGCCAAGAGUUCCGAGUUCGUCUGGUUGCGCACACAGGCGUAUGCCUUCCUCAAUCCCUACACCGAUGAGGUCGAGUACAUUGUCUGCACCAACAGCUCCGGCAAGACGCUGCACGGCGCCACGCCGGAGCAGCAGCAGCAGCAGGCGGAUCCUCAGCAGCAGCAGCAACAACAACAGCAGCAUGUCUAUGUGCAGGCACCCGGAGUGGAUUACACGCUGCAGCCGCCGAGACGUGAGAUUACGCCCACCGGAGGCGAUGGUAUCUACCAGAUGCACAUGCAGGCACCGCCGCCACGUCCAGCAUCCGCUCAGAACACACCCGUGGGCUACAGCUACGACACCACGCACUCGCCGUAUGGCGCCACGGCGGGCGGAGGACCCUCCCCGCUCGCCAAGAUACCCAAGUCGGGCACUUCGCCCACGCCCAAUGCCUGGGGUGCACUGCGUCCCACCUCCCAGCAGCAGCCGCAACCGACUGCCACCGAGGCAUAUCCGGCGUAUCAGCAAAGCAGUCCGGCGCGUUCGCCCAGCGGACCAACGUACACACAGCUCAGUGCUGGCAACGGACAGCAACAACAACAGCAGCAGCAGCAGCGUCAGCAGCAACAACAACAACAGGCAAGCGCAUAUCAAACGGCGCCAGCAGCAACGCCUUGGGAUUGGCAAAAUGCGGCUGCAGCACAUCCGGCACAUCCUCAUCCACAUCCGCAUCCGCAUGCCCAUCAUCCGCAUCCACAUCCGCAUGCACAUCCGGGCGCAGCGGUGGCAGUUGCUGGCGGACAACAGCCGCAGGGACAGGAGUUCUCCGAUAUGCUGCAGAUGCUCGAUCACAGCGCCACAACAACAUUUGAGGAUCUGAAUAUCAACAUGUUUACAACACCAUUUGAGUAAUGUUAACCUGCCUCUCUCACUCACUCUAACUGUCGUCAUACUUCUAGCUCUGUUAAGGAUGAGCGCGUGUCAAUCGAUAGCCGUGCCGAUUAAAACAUUGUUGCAACAUUCCUCAUUUAUUGCACUCGAUUCUAGCAUUUUUUUAACAAACUUUUUACAAAAUAUUUACCCAAAAAAAAAAAGUAUUUAUUGCUAUUUGUUGUGACACGCGCUCAUCUCUGCUACUUCUCAAAUUUAUAAUUAUUUUCAAGUGCAAUCUAUAAAAACAAAAAUACAUUUUCUACAAAAUUGUUGAAAUAUUUGAACAAGAAAUGCUAUGUGCAAAAAUGUAUGCAAAAAGUCAGACAUAAAAUUAAUAAUUUGCAAUCUCGUAAAUAGGCACUUAUAAGUACAUAAUGGUCGUCACGUACCGUAUAAUACCGUUCUCGAUAUCGAUAUCAUUGCCGCUAAUUCGCACACAUUAACCCUACAUAUAUAUGUACAUAAUUGUACCAAUAUUCAUACACAUACAGUGGCUCCCAGCUUAUUUGACGACAAAUUACGAGUAACAAUUUUGAAAUGAAGGAAGGAAAUAUAAGCAACAUAAUUCCAUUUUAUUUUUAGUUAUAUAUUUUAUUUUAUUUAAGCAAUAAAAACAAAAUGUGGUGGGUCACUUAAGCUGGGAGCCACUGUAUCUAGCAGAGACCACACUUCUUUCUGUCUCUCUUCCUCUGCCUCUGCCAAGCAGCGCAUAAAAGUAUUUUCAAUUUGUAAAUCGUUUCGCUCAAUAUGCAAAUUUCAAAGUUCAUUAAAGAACAAAAGAACACAAAUUUUAUAUAUGUAUACAUAAUUAAAUAUUUACAUGUGUAAUUUCUAGACUAAUAAACAACAAUUUUAAUUGUAAGCACUCUCUCGAACUCACACUCACACCACAUACAAUUGAUCCCGCUUCUUCCACCCACCUCACCCUCCCCAUUCACCCCAUUCUCCCACUUGCUCUCAGCAGUGCAACAUUGACACAAAUUUGUUUUUAUUGUUGCGGAAAAAGCAGUUCAAGUGCAAAUACUGAAAAAACAAAUUAUUGCUUAAUUUUAUUUUCUACAACAAUUGCAACGAGAAAAAAUAAAACUACAAGCUGCACUUUAACGGGUUGCCUACAGUCGCGGCUCAAAUAA